AUGGAAGACUCAAAUCAAACAUCUCCAGAAGGAUUCAUCCUCCUAGGACUGUCCAAUGUCCCAUAUCUUCAGGUCAUGUGCUUUAUUAUGUUUUUAAUAAUGUAUAUUAUAACAUUGUCUGCAAAUGUUCUACUGAUCAUCAUGGUGAGGACCAACUCAACACUGCACACUCCCAUGUACUUCUUCUUGACUAAUCUCUCCAUAAUAGACAUCUGCUUGUCAUCCACAAUUGAGCCAAAAAUUUUAAUAAAUACUCUAUCUAAAGACAGAAGUAUUUCUCUGGUGGGAUGUGCACUUCAAAUGUAUUUCCACAUGGCUUUCGGAGCAGCAGAGUGUAUCAUUCUUGCCACGAUGGCCUAUGAUCGAUUUGCAGCCAUUUGUAGACCACUGCACUACCAAACAAUUAUUAACAAGAGGAUGUGUGCUUGCUUAGCUUCCAUGUCAUGGAGUGUGGGCUUUGGAAGUGCCAGCAUUCAUACACCCCUAACUUUCCAACUACCCUUUUGCAAAUCUCAUCAUGUUAACCAUUUCUUCUGUGAAAUGCCUCCUUUUUUUACCCUCUCCUGCCAAGAUACCCGUACCAAUGAAAUACUUAUGUACGUUGCGGCAAUGCUCAUUAUCAUAUAUGCUUUCUUUUUGACGUUAAUUUCAUAUAUCCAAAUCAUCUUCACCAUCUUAAAGAUCCGUUCUUCAAAAGGGAGAGAGAAAGCUUUCUCCACCUGUGCUUCACACCUCACUGUUGUGUCUCUGUACUAUGGGACUAUCAUCUUCAUGUACCUGAAACCUCGUUCUGCCUACUCUCCUGAGAUAGGCAAGAUCAUGUCCAUUCUAUAUACAGCGGUGACUCCAAUGUUGAAUCCCAUCAUUUACAGCAUUAGAAACAAGGAUGUCAAAGACACCAUCAAAAUUAGACUUUCUAAGAAAUCAAACAGAAAUCCGAAAUCAAAUUAUUGA